AUGGAUAAAUGCUUGUUGAUUCAUUUGAUGUGUUGUAAUACAUUAUUUAUUGAUUCCGUCUGUGUUACAUCACAGUCAAUUAUUAAUCGAUCAAACUGUUCAAAAUGUUCCGAUAAUAAUGGUACACGGAAUUUAUUGUUCAAAUCAAAUACAACAAUCGGAAGUAACACGUUCAUCAACUGUACGAAUUUCGCUGGAAUUACUACUGUAGCUACUGUUCUUAACAGAAUAGAAGCUAAGAAACAUAACUACAAAUAUCGAAAAUGA